UCACCAGCCCCCACCCGUGUCUGCGAUCCCCGCUGUGCUCCAGGCUGGGAUCCCUGCGUGCCGCUGAUCGACCCCUUCGGGAGCGAGAGCCGGGAGGUGCCUGCCUCGCUGCAGCAUCUCAUCCGCAUGCACCGGGCCUUCGUGGUCCUGCUGCCCCUCAGCCUCAUCUUCAUCGUCUUCGGCUGGGGCUGCGGCGUCAUCGGCUCCUUGGCCCAGAGCUCCUGCCUGCUGCUCUUCACCGGCUGCUACUUCCUGCUGGGGGCUCAGGCAGGAGCUAGGAGAGGGCAGUGCUGUCCCAGGAGCUUGCCUGAGAGUGAGGAUGGUGAGAGGAGCCCGGGAAUCAGCUGGAAGCCCAGGGCACCACGGAGGUUGCAUCGUGGUCCUCUAUGCUGCAGCGAGCUGCCCACCCCGGCUCUCUCGGAGGAUGGCGGGGAGCUCGGCUGCCUGUCUGGUGAACCGUGGGGAGGUGCUGGAGAACUGGGCAGGGGAGCGGCCACCUGUGCCCUUGCUGCAGCCAGUGAGCUGCCAGGCUGCCUGCUGACCCUGUCUGGGAUCUGCAUCUACAUCCGCUACUCGGGGGCGGCCUUCAUUGAGACCGUGCGCCUGUACGACCUGCAGCGCUUCGACCGCAUCCACGUGGGCUUUGGCUGGUCCAUGGCACUGGCCUGGCUCUCCUGUGGCACUGAGGCACUGGCCGGUGCCCUCCUCCUCCUUGCUGCUCGCCUCGUCUGCCGGCAGCAGGCCAUGCACUCAGUGGCCAUCUGAGCCAUGCGUGGGGGGUGUCCCAGGUGCCCAGGGUCAGGCAGAGCUGGCCAUGGCAGGGGCCAAAGCCUGGAGCAUGGCACGCUGGGCUGACCCCCUCCACCUAGCUGCUGCUGGCUGCAGA